AUGUCGCACCAGCUCGCCCACCCCGUGAUCGCCGGCAGAGCUCUCUGGGCGUCUGCACGCAAGGUCCUGGGGGCUCCUGGCUCUCAGAUCUCGUGGCGGGCGGAGGCCGGCAAGGGGGGUUGGAGAGGCCUGGAACCCCGCCGCUUUUCUGCAUGCAACAGGUCGGCUUGCAUCCGGAAUCUGAAAAGCGAGGAGCGCGGGAGACCGGGCGGCGACCACGGUGGGCUUGGGGUGUUUGGGGCCGUGGACCGCGCACUCCGGGGUCUGGGGGUGCUGCGCAUCUCGGAUGGGGCGCCGGACCCAGCCAAACAGAGGGCAGACCAGGUUUCAGCGUCGCCCCGCUAG